CCUUCUUUUUUCUUUUUCUACUCCCUUCCCUUAUCUAUGAUUGCUUUUGUUUAUGUUUCCUGCUCUGUUUCCUCAUCAGCGCUAGGAAGAUAGGAAGAAAUUGAAGAACAGUUUCAAUGCGUCUUUCUUUUUGGAGGUUUCAGAAUUUUUUUCCUUCUUCAUCUAUUUUUAACACUGAUAAGUUUUCUGCUCCUUUUUCUUAUCAGCUCCAAGACAAUGAGAAAAAAAGCAGAAGAGUUUGAAACUGAUAUUGGUUUCAAAUUUUUGGCUACUUGAGUAUUGCCUCUGAUUUAUCUUGUGUUCCAAAAUAUUGGGUUUAUUUUCUUUUCCCGUAUUGGAGCUUUGGGUUAGCUAGCUAAGCAGAGUUAUGGCUGGAGCAUUAAUUGGACAGGCUGCUCUUGGAGUAGCAUUUGGAGAGAUAUUUGCGGGGUUCUAUAAAACAGUAAAGAAUGUGACAAACGAUACUCUAAUGUUCGAUUCCAUUCUUGAACACCUCAAAUCCACGCUAGCUAUCUUAGAGCCAUUUGUCGAAGAAAUACAACAGUCAAACAGAGAACUGGGACGCCCAGAAGAGGAGAUAAAGGGCUUAAUUGAAAAAAUGAAGAAGGGUGAGAAGCUCAUUAGGACGUACUCGAAACUCCCGUGGUUGAAAUACUGCAUGAGAUUCAAUUAUGCGAAAAAACUCCGCAAGUUGGAUGAGGCCUUUCUCAAGUUUUUUCAUGUUCAUGUGACAGCAUGGAGUGCGAGGAAUGUGUUGCAGACUUUGCAAGGAGUGAAUGAUAUCCGUGGGCAAUUUAAUUUAGUGGGAAUGAGUGGCGUUGGGUUGGCGUGUGCAGUUCCUCGACCCCCAAAUUUUAUUGUUGGAUUGGAUGUGCCUUUGAAGGAGGUGAAGAUGAAGCUGUUGGAGGAGGUGUCGGUGCUUCUAUUGACUGCUCCUGGAGGAUGUGGGAAGACCACAUUGGUGAAAAUGCUUUGUCAGGAUGAGGAAAUCAAAGAAUUAUAUGAACUAGAUGAAGAUGACAGCAUUGCUAACCUACUUGAGCUCAUUGCCCGGAAUCUUGCCAGUCUUGAGGACUUCCCAUGGAAACAUGCAAGUGAUUUUGCUAGCUGCUACAGCGAAGACUUCAUCUCCCAACAUGAUCUUCUUAGAGAGCUAGCUAUGCACCAGAGCAACUUGGAGCCAGUAGAACAAAGGAAACGACUAAUUGUGGACAUAAGUGGAAACAACCUUCCCAAGUGGUGGAUAGAACAUAAUCUAAAACCUAUCAAUGCCCGCCUUUUGUCUAUCUCAACUGAUGAAAUGUUCCCAUCAACUUGGUUCAACAUUCAACCACUCGAAGUGGAGGUUCUAGUUCUAAAUUUUCAAACGAAGAAUUACACCUUCCCUGAUUUUGUGAAGAAAAUGGAUAAACUAAAGGUGCUUAUAGUCACAAAUUGUGGUUUCUCUCAUGCUGAAUUAGGUAGUUUUCACUUACCUGGGUCGGUACCUUGUCUAAAGAGAAUUGUAUUAGAGAACGUUUCAGUUCCUUCCCUUUGCAAGAGCCUAGAGCAAUUGAGGAGUUUGGAGAAGAUAUCCUUGUUGAGGUGUAAUAUUGGUCAGGCUUUUAAGAGUAUCCAGGUUUCAAAUGCAUUACCAAAUCUUGUGGAGAUGAACAUUGAUCUUUGUGAAGAUAUUGCAGAAUUGCUGGUCGACCUGUGUGAUAUUAUUUGCCUUAAGAAGCUCAGUAUCACCAACUGUUAUAAGUUCUCUGCACUGCCUCAAGGGAUUGGAAAGUUGGUGAAUUUGGAAGUGCUAAGGCUCAGGGCAUGUAUUAAUUUGCUCAACCUGCCAGAGUCAAUCAGAAGCCUCCAUAAUUUAACUAUUUUUGAUACAUCCUACUGCCUAAAAAUGAUGUGGUUUCCAGAACACAUUGGUGAGUUUUGUAGGUUGGAAGAGCUCCACAUGGAAGCGUGCUUACUAUUGAGUAAUCAGCUUUAUCGGCAAUGGUCGAAUCAGUUGCCACCAUUGUUUCAGAAUCUAAAGCAACUGAAGCUUGUGACAUGUGAUGAAGAGAUGUCCAACUUAUGGGAGCCAGUCAAGGAGUUCCACACAAGUGUGAAGGUAAAGGUGAUUAGAAGUUCAGGGCUGAUAAUCCGACGGGUUGGUCUUAUAUUUGCGGGAGCUGCAACAGAGUCAACAUCUUUAUACGGUCACAAUUCACCAUAUUGAAAGAGAAAAAGAAAAUAUUUUUCUAUGAUUUUAUUUUCCCCUAUAAAUUUCAAAAGAAAUUGUACUUUAAUUGUUAAUACAAAGUCAACUGGAAGGUAGGAGGGGUGGUUCUAGUUUCACAAUGAAUACGAAUACAAAGUGAAUGGUAAGAGUUAUUUUAUUUUUAA